UUUUCCAUAUAAAUAUGUAAUUGUGGAGAUCACCGAAAUCUCUCCCGUUUCUCCGAUUUCAUCAUCGUCUUCGCACGACCACCACCUCUGCACGCCGAAGCUAAUUCUAUCCACGAAGAAUAAGAAGAAAAAGAAGAAGAAGAAGAAGAAGGAAGAUGAGUAACACACCAGCAACGGCUGCGUCAUCGUCCAAAUCGAAAGCUGCGGGAACUUCUCAGCCGCAGGAAAAGCGUAAAACGCUCUUUCAAAAAGAAUUGCAGCAUAUGAUGUAUGGAUUUGGCGACGAGCAGAACCCGCUUCCAGAGACUGUGGCGCUUGUAGAAGACAUUGUUGUGGAAUACAUCACUGAUUUGACACAUAAGGCUCAAGAGAUUGGCUCAAAGCGAGGAAGGCUACUCGUUGACGACUUCUUAUAUCUUAUCCGCAAGGAUUUGCCAAAACUUAACCGGUGUAGAGAACUCUUGGCAAUGCAAGAAGAGCUGAAACAAGCUCGCAAAGCUUUUGAUGUUGACGAAGAUAAGCUAGCUUCACUUGAUUAAUCUUUCUUUCUUACAUGUAAGCUUCUUUUGGGUUGACCUUUCUGAAGUUAGUUUUUUAGUUGUUAGCUUUUGAAACUCAAGACUGCAAAAACAGCUUAUCGCGGAGUGGAAUCCUAAAGUUGGUUACCUAUGAAGUGUUCUUACAUCAAACCCGUAAGUGAUGAUGAUCUCUCAGUAUAACAAAAGUGCAGUCAUUGAAAUUAAGACAAGAAAAGAAGUGGAAGUGGAACAAAACACUAAGAUUCUUUU